UCUAAUUCUCUAACAACUACCUCUAAAUCCUUCCUUCUUAUUUUAAUCAUCAUGCUGAACUACUGCUUUUAAACUUGAAAAGUUGGAAAACUAUUCAGAUAUAUACAUUAGUCCCCGUCCCAGGCAUUGCAAAAAUUACUCAAAGGGAUGGAAAGUUCGGCCCUCCAAAAGAUGGUGAAGAGCACACCAUCGAAAGCGUUAGUCAUCAGAAUCAACUUGGUUUUCCUUGCCUUCUUUCUGAUCGCCUACGCAGCCUUUCUUCUUCGGCCAUCUUCUUCAAUCUACUUUGAUAAUGCAGCCUCUGUCGUGAGGUGUUCCUUGCGUGAAUGCCAUCAUAAGGCAGAAAAUAGCAUUAAAAUGAAAGCAGUGUUGGAGCGGCCUCAGGUAAAUUCACGGAAGCCGAAGGGUAUUGCGAGUAAGGUGGAGGUACCAAACUUCUUUGGAGAAAUGGGGAAAGGGAUGAAGAUAGGAAUGGUGAACAUGGAAGAAGAUGAUGUGGAGGAUUGGAGAUCAAAGGGAGAAGUAAUACAUGUUUAUUACGACAGGGUAUCCCAGAUGUUCAACUGGACAGAUCUGUUCCCUGAGUGGAUAGACGAGGAAGAAGAGAGCGAUGUUCCGUCGUGCCCGGAGAUACCGAUGCCGGAGUUCGAAGCGUACGAAAACAUGGACGUGAUCGUGGCUAAAUUGCCAUGCAAGUAUCCAGAGGAGGGAUGGGCAAGGAACGUGUUUCGACUGCAAGUUCAUCUGAUAGCAGCAAAUCUGGCAGUGAAGAAAGGGAAAAAGGACUGGGAUUGGAAGACGAAGGUGGUAUUCUGGAGCAAAUGUAGGCCAAUGAUGGAGCUGUUUCGAUGUGACGAUUUGGUGACGCAGGAAGGUGACUGGUGGUAUUAUGAAGCAGAGGUGAAGAGGCUGGAGAGAAAAAUGUCAUUGCCUGUUGGUUCCUGUAAGUUGGCCCUGCCCCUCUGGGAACAAGGAAUUGACGAAGUGUAUGACUUGACAAAGAUUCGGAAAAGCGUGGCGAGCGGAGCAAGAGUGAAACGCGAAGCCUACGCCACCGUGCUCCACUCUUCUGAAUCCUACGUUUGCGGGGCAAUAACGCUAGCCCAAAGCCUUCUUCAAACCGGAACCAAACGCGACCUUAUCCUCCUCAUAGACAAAUCUAUCUCCGCUCCCAAGCGCCAGGCCCUCGCCGAUGCGGGUUGGAAGAUCCGGAUCAUCACCCGGAUCAGGAAUCCCAAAGCCGCGAAUCGCACUUACAACGAGUACAACUACAGCAAGUUCCGCCUCUGGCAGCUUACCGACUACGACAAGGUCAUCUUCAUCGACUCCGAUAUCAUCGUUCUGCGCAACCUCGACAUCCUCUUCCACUUCCCCCAAAUGUCCGCCACCGGCAACGACCAGUUCAUCUUCAACUCCGGCAUAAUGGUCAUCGAGCCUUCCAAUUGUACCUUCCGUGUAUUGAUGGACCGCACGGACGACAUCAUUUCUUAUAAUGGAGGAGACCAGGGGUUCCUGAACGAGAUCUUCGUCUGGUGGCAUAGAUUGCCGAGGAGGGUGAAUUUCCUGAAGAAUUUCUGGGCCAAUACGACGUUAGAAACGAGCGUAAAGAACGGGAUGUUCGGGGCAGAUCCGCCGAGGCUGUAUGCGAUUCACUAUCUAGGGAUGAAGCCGUGGCAUUGUUACAGGGACUAUGACUGUAACUGGGAUGUGGAGGAUCAACGGGUGUAUGCGAGCGAUGUGGCUCACCGGAGGUGGUGGAGGCUCUACGAUGAAAUGGAUGAGAAGUUGCAGAGUUACUGUAGACUGACAAGGCGACGUCGGACGGAGUUGAAUUGGGAAAGGAGAAAAGCUGGAAAGAAAGGAUUUCCAGAUGGGCACUGGAAAAUCAAUGUUACAGAUCCCAGACGAGCCGGCUCUCUUCUGAUGGAGUAGAGUUCUCAAUUUUUGUAUUAUGCCAUCUUUGUUUUCUUUAUCUUCUUCUUUUCCCGGCGCAUUUAUGCGUGCUUCACUUCCAUUUCAAUGUUACAUGCUCUUCCAUGCAUAGUUUAUUUAUGUGUGAAUAGUUACACCUUCAAUUCCCCAAUUCUUGAGUAUUCCUUUCCAAACUAGAUAGAACCGUUUUGUGUAUUAGGCUAUUAGCGUCGGGCUGAGAGAGACAAUAAUUUGCACUACUCUUUUCUGUAUAUUCUAUACCGAUAUCAAUA